GUUUUUAUAUACUGUAAAUGAAUAAGUUUGUUUCUGUGGCAGAGAAACAUCUGGAUCUAGACCUGGUUUGAUGUGGACUGCUAAGGACUCGGUUCGUCUUGUUUCACUUUCCUGAGUCUGAGAGUUAAAGGUCUUUUAAAUUAAAUUGUUUGAUUAUUUACUGGAUUAAAGACUGAUAACAUUUACUGAUUUCAGCUGUGAGUCUGAGGAUGAUUUUUAACUUGACCUUCACUGACAUGAAAAUAAAAAGCUGACCUUCUGUUUGUUGAAAUGUUGAAUAUUGAACAUUACUUUUUUCAUCAAUAAAGAUAUUUGUUGUUUUGGACAAAUUACGUUUUGUAGAUUUUAUUUUGAAAACAGAAACUGAGAUCCUGUGUCUUAGUGUUGACUGAGCUGCAAGAAUAUUCAACAUCUAUAUGACCAAAAGCGUGUGGACACACUCUGGAGUCAAAUACAUGUUAAUAUAUGAACAGACUUUUGCCUGAGGUGCUUUUGUUCUAAAAAAAUAAAUAAAUAAAACUGAGUAAAAUGUUUAUGAUCCGCAUGUUCUGUUCAGAUGAGAUGCUUUUAGAGAAAUCAGCAGACUUUGGGUCCUGGUCUGUGAGCUGACUCAGGGACCGGGUACUGUCAGUGGUUUCUGCGGGACAGGAUAUGGUCAUUGUGUGUUUACAAACUGGUUUUCCUGUUUCCUGAAGAACAGAGAUUCUCAGACAGGAAAUGACACCCCACCCCCCAGCUGACUCAUGGGAGAUUGUGAUGAUUUAAAAGACUUAAAUGAUGACUGAAGAUACCCCCCUCCUCCCAGGGGUCCAAACCAGAUGAUAGUUCAGUCUCUAGUCUCAGGUUCGUUCUGGUCAGCUGUCACAGCUGGAAAGUAACUGAUUACUCCCUGAGUUACUCAGUUACUCUAGUGUUGAGUCUUCAUUUUAAAGCUUCAGUCUGUAUUAAACUCCACCUGCAGCAAUAAUCAAUAACUAACUCCCUUCUCUCACUCUCCAUCGCUCUCUUCCCCUCUCUCUCAACCCGCCCCCCUCUCGGAGCGUCUAUCCGGUUGAGCCGAUCAUUAUAGGAGAAACUGCGGCUCGUUUUCCCGCCUCCUGAGGAUCAGUCUUUAUUUUGAUUUUUCUCUCCAUCAUCAGUCUGUGAUGCAGCUCAACAUCUCCUCUUCCUCCUCUCCUCUCCCGGUCUCUCUCAGCUCUUUGGAGGACUUCCUGCUUAACGGCUCCGGUACCGGGUACGGUAACGGCUCGGCGGCGGGCGGCGGAGCUCCGUCGGCGGGCAGCGCGGCUCUCAUCUCGUCCAUCUACUCGGUGGUGUGUCUGGUGGGUCUGAGUGGGAACUCCAUGGUGAUCUACGUCAUCUUCCGGUACGCCAAGAUGAAGACGGCCACCAACCUGUACCUGCUGAACCUGGCGGUGGCAGACGAGCUGCUGAUGCUCAGCGUGCCGUUUGUGGUGACCGCCGCGCUGCUGCGCCGCUGGCCGUUCGGUGCCGCGCUGUGCCGCCUCGUGCUCAGCGUAGACGCCAUCAACAUGUUCACGAGCAUCUACUGCCUGACGGUGCUCAGCGUGGACCGCUACAUCGCCGUGGUGCACCCGCUGCGGGCGUCCCGGUACCGGCGGCCCACCGUGGCCAAGCUGGUGAACGUGUGCGUGUGGAUGUUCUCGCUGCUGGUCAUCCUUCCCAUCAUCCUCUUCUCCUCCACCGCCCCCAACUCGGACGGCUCGGUGGCCUGCAACAUGCAGAUGCCGGAGCCGGAGCGGCGCUGGAUGGCGGCGUUCGCAGUCUACGCCUUCCUGAUGGGCUUCCUGUUUCCGGUGCUCGCCAUCUGCCUGUGCUACGUGCUGAUCCUGAGUCAGCUGCGCGUGGUGGCGCUGCGGGCGGGCUGGCAGCAGCGCCGGAAGUCAGAGAGGAAGAUCACGGUGAUGGUGACGGUGGUGGUGUCGGUGUUCGUGGUGUGCUGGAUGCCCUUCCACGUGGUGCAGCUGGUGGGAGUCUUCCUGCAGCGUCAUGACCCCACCCUCAGCCAGUUGGCCGUCGUCCUCGGUUAUGCCAACAGCUGUGCCAACCCACUGCUGUAUGGUUUCCUGUCCGAUAACUUCCGGCGCUCCUUCCAGAGGAUCCUGUGUCUGCGCUGGAUGGAGACCCCUGAGGAGCCCCUGGACUACCUGGACUACUACAGCACGGCCUUGAAGAGCCGCAGACUCAGCCUAGACCAGGACCAGCAGGAGAACCGGGAGCAGGACUCAGAGAACAGGAUCAGGACCUGUCCCCUGCAAACACCAGCUCCAGGGUGUAGUCCGAGUCCUGCAAACACCUCCAAAAUUUAAAGGACCAUAAUGUGUUUUUUUGUCUAAAUCCAAGGACUGUGUGGACACUUAGGCCCCUGGAUGACAUGGACUACUACAGCUCAGCCGCAGAUUCAGCCCGUAUCAGCAGGAGGGCCAGGAGCAGUUUCUCAGAGAACAGGGCCUGUCCCAACAGAGCAACCUACAACUUCAGGAUGUGGUCUGGACUGUGCUGACACUUCCAGGAUUUAAAGGAUCUGUGUUUUUUAUGCUGUAGUCCUGUUGAAGCUCAAGUUUUACUUUUUGCAGCUACAAGGAUCCACAUGGGUCCACAGGGAUCCACAAAGGUCCAUGGCCAAACAUUUAGAACCUCAUGGACUAGACAUGGAGAUCAGAAGAAGUUUCUAUCCGCUCGUCACUGACUAAAGUUAUAAUGAAGGUUCCAUUCAGAUCUGCGAUCAGCUGCUAAAUGAAUGAAGCUAAUUAAUGUUGAUAACCUGAAUGUGACCUGAGAUAUUGAUUGUUUAUUGAUAUUGAUUGUUUUGACUCAGUGAAACAACACCUGGAACAAACUCACACCAGGAUCUAAAGGGAACGAUCAGAACCCGACCGUGUAGAGAACCAAUACAGUCUGGUCAGUGUUUAUUUGGUGCCUGUUCCUACUAUAAUCUACAGAAUUGUUCUGAGGUUCUACUUUCUGAAAGUAAAGUCAGGAUUCUUUCAAAAUAAAACCAAGUAUAGUUUUUACUCCUCAGUGAAUCAGACCAGUAUGUGCUGUGACCCCUCCCUUUGCCUUUAAACCAGCUCUAGUUCUCUUCAGUUCACCCUCUCACAGUUCUUCAGGUUCUUCAGGUUAUUCCUUCAUCUUGGAGAAUCUGCCUCAGGUCUUCUCUCUCUUCAUGUGAUCCAGACUGCCUCCAUGGUGCUGAGAUCAGGUCUCUUUGGUAGCCAGACAAUCCAGGUUCUCCUGGUCUCUGAAGAUACUUUAUGACUCUGGACCAAUCAGAUGCCUCCUUAUGAUGAUGGAGACGAGUAUGAAGGUCUAAAGGGUCUAAACCUGGUGCCUGCUACUGUGGGUUUACAGAUUCAGGGGCCAACAGCUCAUUUUAGGCCCCAGGGUCGGAAACAGGUGCAGGUCGCUGUAACACACAGGCAGGUGAGACCAGGACUGAGACCUGGAGCUGUGGUGGUUUUCUCUCUUCAGUCGAUGGUUAAAGAUAAACUGUCGCUGACACCUGAAAUAUUAUGACAAAAAAACUAAAAUAAAACUGAGUAAAAUGUU